UCUUGAUACAUCUUCUUCCCCUCUUUCGAUCCAUCUUCUUCCUUUCUUUUUUCUUUUUCUUUCUUUCUUUCUCUUCUUCCUUUUCUUCCACCAAACCCAGCAAACUGGGUUCCGUGGAACCCAGAUCUACUGGGUUCGACGAACCCAACAACUGGGUUCCACCGAACCCAACUCGGGUUCGAUUCUUCUGCUUCACGAGCUGAUGAAAAAACCUUCAUUGUCAUGGUUCAGUAGGAUGCCAAACCCUUGAGAUUGAGCUUUUUGAUUCAGUAGGAUGUCAUGAAAAAACCUUCAAGGAAUCUGAUUUUGGGUCGAUCUUGUGAUUGAGCUUUUUGAUACCGGGAUAUGGCUUGAGUGGCAGAGUUUUAAUGACUGGGACCCUUGAGAUUGAGCUUUUUGAUUCAGUAGGAUGUCAUGAAAAAACCUUCAAGGAAUCUGAUUUUGGGUCCGAUCUUGUGAUUGAGCUUUUUGAUACCGGGAUAUGGCUUGAGUGGCAGAGUUUUAAUGACCGGGAUUUGGGUUUGAUUCCUGCGAAAUGGAAAGGGCAGUGCGUGACGACGAAAGAUUUUGGAUCGAGUUCAUGUAAUAAGAAGCUUAUUGGAGCGAGAUUCUUCUACAAUGGCUAAGAGGCAACAAACGGGAAGAUGAAUGAAACCUCGGAGUACAAGUCACCAAGAGAUUGGUGAUGUAGGGCCCAUUUGAAUAGAUUUGUCUUUUUUCA